GACGGUUAAACCCGCCUGUCUGUCCUCACACAGACGGUUAAACCCGCCUGUCCUCACACAGACGGUUAAACCCGCCUGUCCUCACACAGACGGUUAAACCCGCCUGUCCUCACACAGACGGUUAAACCCGCCUGUCCUCACACAGACGGUUAAACCCGCCUGUCCUCACACAGACGGUUAAACCCGCCUGUCCUCACAGAUAUGUUUGGACCGGGACAUGUUGCCGGUACUCGGUGUCCCCCAUCAGCUUCACAGCUAGUUUAAAGGGACGAUAAUCCGUGUUGUGUUCAAAUUCAAUCAGAUAAAGGAGUUGUGUCUCUGGAUCCACGAUGGGACCAGCGACCAAACUGGCCUUCAGUGUUUUCCUCAUCUCCUGCUCCUCAGGUGCCAUCCUGGGCCGCUCAGACACUGACAAGUGCGUCCACUACAACUACAACCCUUCCUCCUCCUCCUCCUCCUCCUCCUCCUCCUCCUCGGUGUUGCAGGGUCGGGGGAACAUCAGUGGGGUGGUCUCCUGCCCUGGAGAUAAAGAUAAGAGACUUCACUGCUUCGCCACCUGGAAGAAUGUAUCUGGAGUGGUUCAGGUGGUCAAACAGGGCUGCUGGCUGGACGACAUCAACUGUUACGACAAGAGUGAAUGUGUGGAGAAGAAAGAUGCUCCUGAAGUCUUCUUCUGCUGCUGUGAAGGAAGUUUGUGCAACGACAAGUUCUUCUACAGCCCCAACAGCAGCCAGCCGCAGAUACCAACGACCAACAAACCAGUGCCUUCCAAGACCCCGGUGCUGACCACUCUGAUGUACUCACUGGUUCCCAUCAUGGUCGUCACCGCCAUCGUCCUCUUCUCCGUCUGGAUGUACCGACACCACAAACUGGCCUACCCACCGGUCCUGGUGCCCACCCAGGAUCCUGGUCCUCUGCCCCCCUCCCCCAUCCUGGGCCAGAAGCCACUGCAGUUACUGGAGGUCAAAGCCAGGGGGCGCUUCGGCUGUGUGUGGAAGGCUCAGCUACUCAGUGAUUACGUCGCUGUCAAGAUCUUCUCCAUCCAGGACAAGCAGUCGUGGCAGAACGAGUUUGAGAUCUUCAGCCUGAAUGGGAUGAGACAUGAGAACCUGCUGCGGUUCAUCGGAGGGGAGAAGAGAGGCAGCGGUGUGGACCUGGAGCUGUGGCUCAUCAGCGAGUACCACGACAAGGGCUCUCUGACUGACUACCUGAAGGCCAACGUCCUCUCCUGGUCUGAGCUGUGUGUCAUCGCUCAGUCCAUGUCCCGAGGUCUGGCCUACCUGCACGAGGACAUACCGGGACACAAGGACGGACACAAACCGGCCAUCGCACACAGGGACUUUAAGAGUAAGAACGUGCUGCUGAAGUCCAACCUGACCGCCUGCAUCGCUGACUUCGGCCUCGCUCUCAGGUUUGAGGCGGGGAAAUCACCUGGAGACACACACGGACAGGUGGGGACCAGGAGGUACAUGGCCCCGGAGGUCCUGGAGGGGGCCAUCAACUUCCAGAGGGACGCCUUCCUGAGGAUCGACAUGUACGCUGUGGGUCUGGUGCUGUGGGAGCUCGCCUCCCGCUGCAAAGCUGCUGACGGUCCGUUGGAUGAGUACAUGCUGCCGUUUGAGGAGGAGGUGGGUCAGCAUCCGUCCCUAGAGGACAUGCAGGAGGUGGUGGUCCAUAAGAAGCUGAGACCGACUCUCAGAGAAUGCUGGCAGAAACACACUGGUUUGUCCGUUCUCUGUGAGACCAUUGAGGAAUGCUGGGAUCACGAGGCUGAAGCUCGCCUGUCGGCCGGCUGCGUGGAGGAGCGGGCCGUUCAGAUGCAGCGGCAGACGAGCAUCACAGGGCCCGAGGAGGUCGUCACAGUUGUCACCAUGGUAACCAAUGUGGACUACCCGCCUAAGGAGUCGAGUCUAUGACGAGGCCUAAGGACCAAUCAGGACGGAGCAGGGACUCCUUUAGCGAACGGUGUCUUUCUCUAACCGCAGACUUCGGUCAGGUGACCCUCAGACGGUCAGGUGACUCUCAGACUGAUGAGGACGGCAUGGCAGAGAAUCUCUCUCUCUGGAGGGUGAGCCACACUGAUCUAUGACAUCCGUUCCUGUUUGUAUUACAAAAUAAAAGACUUCCUGGACAGACGAAGGGCGACUCCUGCUGCUCUUUGCUUCUCUGAAUGAUGCCAAUAAGAAGCAGCUUCUGAAUGUCUCUACUACUGCUGUGUCCCUGUAUACACGUGUCUAUGUGUAUAUAUAUGUGUGUGUGUGUGUGUGUGUGUGUGUAUAUAUAUAUAUAUACAUGUAUAUAUGUAUACACAUAUAUACAUGUACAUAUAUAUGGUGGACUGAGAGUUCCAGAGCAGAGUUUCAUAAUCAGGUUAUUGAUCUUUCUUUCCUUUAGUACGACGUCGUGCUGAGAAGAAACUGGAGUCGACACUGAGAUAUUUGGAAGAUUGAACCGUUUAGAAGUCGUACAAGUUGAAAACCGUUAAAUGGAUUAAUUAUUGUUGAACACAAACAUCUUUUUUUAAGUUCAACGUUGAAUAUUUUUAAACAUCGUUUUCAGAUAUUUGACUCCUAAAACAUCUGAGACGUUUGAGGAACUUCAGAUGUUUGAUUUCUGGCCUGGUUGAGCUUUUAAAGGAGGACUGCUGUCAUUCUGCUGCACCAGACUCCAUUAAGGAAUCAGUCGAUUUAGUGCAACGUUAAUCAAUAACUGUGAUCACUAGGAGGAAAGCAGCAUUCAGCUCCAUAAAAUAUCUCUUUAAAUAAUAAAGAACUGUCACAAGACAUGUGAAGACGUCAUCAUGGAAACCGUGGACACUUUUCACUGUUUUCUGAUAUUUGAACUAACGUAUUCAUUGAUUAACUGAGAACAUGGUUAGGAUCAAUAAUGACACUAAUCUCUUAUGUUUCACUUCAUUUCUUUGUGAGACUUAUUUAGAAGAUGAAUCAAAAGGACAAUCAAAACAUGUUUUUAACUUUCAUCUAAUCUUCGUCGUCCAGUUUCUUCUCGUCAGAAACCAAAAGACCAGAAUCGUUUAUUGACCUGCUAAUCAAUAACACUAAAAUAUCAAAUAUGACCUUUAGAAAGUGAGACGCACUCGAUCCUGUUUGGGUUUGCAGUGAAUAUUUACAGCAUGCUUUUAUUUUGUUAUGUCUCCUGUUGGUUUCCUGUGUGACUUCCUGUUGAUGGUUGGUUCUGAUUCUUGGAAACGUUUCAUCAAUAAUUCUAUAAUUCAUUCACAGUUUCUAUUUUUAUUCAUUUGUUGGAACAAGACGUGAACUUCUAAAUUUAAUCUGGAGAACGUAAAGAAAAAUAAUGAAGAGAAGAACCGGAGUCCUCACCGUGUUCCAGAAGAACCACAAACAGAGACGUUCAGGGACCUCCAGGAAACCAAAACACUUUCACCUUUUCACCUCACUGAAGGCCGCUUUUAUAAAAAGUUCAGCAGAGCGUCCUCAAAGUUCUUCUUCUUCUUCUUCUUCUUGAUCAGCUGUAGAGACAGCUGUUGAUAUUUGGACAGAAGAAGAAGUAAUUUGUUCUUCUUCUGUCUUUAUUUACAGUUUGUAUCCAGGAAGCCAAAAGAUGGAAAUUAGACUUUCACAGUUUGUAAAUAUGAAUGUUGAUUUUAGCAUGAGUUUGUUUUUAAAAGAUCCUUUAUGAUGUUAAUAUGACGAACAGAUUUAAGAUGAUGAAGAUGAUGGGAGCUAUGUUGAAACUGACUGUGUGUGUGUGUGCGUGUGCGUGUGUGCGUGUGUGUGUGUGUGUGUGUGUGUGUGUGUUCACCUCUUUCAUCAUGACAUCAUCAUGACAUCAUCGUCCUCCUGUUUUCAUUUAAAUGUUUUAUUUCUGUUUAUUUGGUUCUUUCAUUUUUCAAUGUUUUCUGUUUGGAAGCAAAAAUCAAAAGUGAACAGAAAUAAAUAAAUACAUAUGUGUGUGUUUAUAUAUACAAUUAUUUUAUAAAUAUAUAUAUAUAAAAUAAUUGUGAGAAUAAAUGAUAAGAAUGUUUUCUAUGAAACGUGUCAUUAUUUUAUUAAUGACGCCUCCGCCUACAUUAAUAAAUGUUGAAAACAUGAAUGUUGAAGAUUUGAAGCUUCAAAAAACUUUCUUAUAAUUAUUAUUACUAUAAUUAUUAUUAUAAAAUGAUUAUGAAAAUUAUUAUCAUAGUUAUAAUUAUGAUAAUAAUAAUAAUUGCUGACUCAGUUGAACUUGGAGCUGCUGCUGUAAAGUGUCAGAGCUGAACUGAGGUCAGAGUUCAGCUUAAAUACCACUUUAUUCUGUUAUUAUUGUUUUUAAACCUGCUGGACUCUGGAGCUCAUGUUUUCUGCACUGCAAAAUAAGUCAAUAAAUAUUUAAUCCAUAAAACAGCAGCAGUUUUAAUGGAAGUUCAGAAGUUCGUUUUUGUUUCAUUGAUCUGGUCCCUGAACGCAGCGAUGCGUUCACUGUCUGUGGGAGUUUUUAACACUUUGAGGGUAUCUGUUGUUGAAUAUUGUACAGAAGGAAA